AUGCGAAGCGCUCAUCGCGAUGACCCAGGCACCACCGAACUCACUGACCGCGUACUGGGGAUGCCUGUGCUACAGAAGCUUGGCUUCGGCUUCGUUGCCAGCAGACGAGUGGAGCGGAACCCUCAGCCCCCAAGCGAGCACGCUGGCGACGACGAUGACUCCGGCAGCUCCUACCAUUCCGACGAUCGGCUCGAGUUUUACGACCAGGAACCGACUGUGGAGAGGCAUUUGACUUGCCCAACACUUUGGCCACGUUUUACAGGAGACUUUGAGGGUUCUAAGGCAAUCCUCAAGGCUCGAGUGGUCAAUCUUUUCGCAAUGACACAGCCCCUAACAAUUCUUGGGCUAUUUAAUUUUGUACCCGAAGACUUAGGAGUGCAGCUUUUCUGCUACCCAGUAGGAGCCCUAAACAGCAUCAGCCCCGACCAUAUUACAAAUUUCGAUCGGGAAUACAAGAUGACACAGGAGCUGGCAGUGACCAUUACCAGCUACCCAGCGAAAGCCCCAUACUUACAGGCUGGCUGCUACAAGCCUAGAGAUAAAGACGGCGAAAAAGGUCUGCGGCGAAAAUUGGGGCAGAGGGUUAGAAGAUGCCUAUGCCAACGCCAAGCAGUCAAACAGUGCGCUGUCUGUUCAAGCAACUUGAAAGAGAUAUGCGUCAACGAAGUUCGCGUGCCACCGCUUCUUCAUUCAAGCCCAACAAGGGACUCGACUGCGAAUGCCCGGUUCCAUCUUGCCACUAUCAAAGAUAUCACUCUUGAAGAAAUGGUCAAUGUUCUUGUGCAAAUGUCAUCUGGGCACUCGAAACAUGAGAACAUCUUCGCAGAGCACCCUGAUUUGGGUGAUGCCGACUAA